UUCGCCACAAAAAUAAUCCCCCUUAUUCGUUAUAACCGUUCGUCUCUUUUUUUCCCCCUUUUCUUUUAGUUGCAUUCAACCUGAAUUUAACCUUUUCUCUCUUUCUCCCAUUCUCUUAGCAUUUUCCAUCGCCCUGAUGAUUGAUGAAUGCUUGUUAUCCCUCCCUCCUUAACAUCUUGCAAAUUAAUAAUAGAGUUGAUUGCUACUUCGUACAUAAUCAUACUAAUGAAGUGAUCGAAGUGCAAGAAUGGAAGGAAAUGUGUUUACUCGCGCAAUAGAAGGAGUAAAAAAUAUUAGGUCCGAAGAGGGAACUAUACUCACCAAACCCUUUUUGGAUUUAUGUAGAUUGUUAUUACCCCUUAUAGACAAGUUUGGUUCACAAAUGUCUUGUGUAAAGGCUGAUGUUGCGUGUAACAUUACGAAACUUGAAUUAAAAUAUGCCUCUAACCCUUCAAAAUACAGUAAUUUGAGUACUUUUACAAAAGAGGAGGUUGAAUCUAAGAUAGCAAGGAGUUCAUCAAGUUGCACUAAUGCACUUGUUUGGUUGAACAGGGCGAUGGAUUUUAUGAUACAAUUAUUUCACAACCUAUUGGAACAUCCAGAGUGGUCUAUGACACAAGCUUGUACAGAUUCCUACAAGAGGACACUAAAGAAAUGGCAUGGUUGGAUGGCAAUCUCAACCUUUAAGGUUUUGAUAAAGCUUGCUCCCGAACGAAAGAAAUUCAUGUGUUCAAUAGGUGGGAGUGUCGAAAUUAAUGCUGAGAUUGGAAUAUUGUGUGGAGCUUUUGCUCCAGUACUUGAAGACAAUCACAAGUUAUUGGCUAGUUUUGGAGUUGAUGAUCUUAAAGUUCCAUGAAUUACGUGAUAAUUGAUCGACCGGAUCAACAUUUGCAACUUUUUCGAGCAUUUCUCUUAUUAGCAAUUUCUACUGCUAGAGUUGAAUAGUCUUUGUAUCAUUAUUGUAACAAAAGAAGAGUAAUUAGUUGUUCAACCAAGUUGUACAUGCCCCUUUCCUUUUUCGAGCAAGAAUUCACUUUUUUGAA